CUAGAAAAAAGGGGGACGACUCAGUCGUUAAAAAUAAAUUAGAAUCAAAACAGCAGAAAAUUGCUCCCCAAAUCUGGGUGCUUAGCGUUUGGAAGUGUUGAUAUUUAAUGGCGUCCGGCACAGAGAGCGAUGACACAGCCGAUACUCCACCGCCGACAAGCAGUAUUUACAAGGACCCAGAUGACGGGCGGCAGCGAUUCUUGCUCGAAUUGGAGUUCGUCCAGUGCCUCGCAAACCCCACUUACAUUCACUAUUUGGCUCAGAAUCGUUACUUUGAGGAUGAGGCUUUCAUUGGGUACUUGAAGUAUCUUCAGUAUUGGCAGCGUCCCGAGUAUACGAGAUUUAUAAUGUAUCCUCAUUGCCUGUUUUUUCUUGAGCAACUUCAAAAUGCGAACUUUCGGGCUGCAAUGGCACAUCCCGGAAACAAGGAAUUAGCACAUAGGCAGCAAUUCUAUUUCUGGAAGAACUAUAGGAACAACCGUCUGAAACAUAUUUUGCCGAGACCCCUUCCUGAACCUGUUCCCGCACUUCCUCCACCUGCUCCACCUCAGCAAGUUGUGCCUCCCGUUCCACCCGUUCCAGCUACAACUGUUUCUGUUACAGCUACUGCCCCAGCCCCUUCUCCUAUGCAGUAUUCGAUGCCCCCCGGGUCUGCUCCAAAAGUUGAACCGAGGAAUACUGGGGUUGAUCGAAGAAAGAGGAAGAAAGACGGUUAACUUGACAAUAUCAUACAUAAUAACAGCAAUGGAAAAUAAAUCAGGCGAGGAAAAUGGCCAAGAACUGAAGGUGCAGGACCAUACAUCUUUCAGAGAGAUUCUGACAUUACGAUGUUAGAAUCUGGGGCACUUAUUAUGAGCACGCGCGGGAGUUUGGUGAGAUCGUGACAUUACAUCACAAAGCUUUGAGAAGAUCGUUCGGUAUUUUCUUUUUUAGCUUGGAAGACGGUUUUGUUUAUGCCCUCUAGUAGUUUCGAUUGAGUUGAAGAUCCGAUGAGGUGCCUUGCUAAGGGCCUAACUCAAAACUGUCCUUCGAUCGGGUUGUCUAUCUUUACUAGUAGCGUAAAAUGUACUUUGCUUUGGUUGAGUUGAAUGAUUUUUCUUUGAAUUCGAACUCAAGGAUGAUAUAAAGUGUAUGGCUAUUACAAGGAAAUCUGUUUUUAUGGGUCA